UGGGGUGCCACCCCCUGAUCGGAUAAGCUUCAAUAAAAGGCUCAUGCACUGAGCCUUUUCAAAUCAUCCAGCCCAGCGACCGAAAUACGUCACAUUUUAAGAAAGCCAUUCGAAGACAAGUGCCUUUAUAAUCGAAAACAGAUCAUGACGGCCUCUGUGGCUUCUAGUUCCUACUCAAUUGCAUCAUUGAUAGCUUCAGAUCCAGUAAAACCGAAAACGGAUAUUUCAAGUGACGCUUUGGAACGGAGUUCCGAGGAAGAAGUUGAGCAUUCUGUCGGCCAGGCUGUUUUGGAAGACGAAGGAAAAUCUCAAACGACGAAAUCUUCAAGUCGAUGUUCAUGUUUUGCCUGCACUCAGCCUUCAGCGUUUUCACCUUUCAAAAACACCUUUGGUAAUGGAAGUGAAGUGAACGCUUUCCCGACAAUCCCUAAUUUGAGGUCGUACGCAGAUUACGUUUACAUUCCCACAAAAGUUUCGUCUGGAAAGAAAAAGAAAAAAGAGAACAAGGCGCGUCGUCAACGAACGACUUUUACAAGUGAACAAACUUUGAAGCUCGAGUUGGAAUUUCAUCAAAACGAAUACAUCACUCGCUCGAGGAGGUUUGAACUCGCUGCAUCCUUAAAGCUCACAGAAACACAGGUGAAAAUAUGGUUCCAAAACAGACGGGCAAAAGACAAACGAAUCGAGAAGGCACAACUGGAUCAACACUUUCGAUUUUCCGGCUACCCAACCGGGCUUUUGUACCACCGAGCAGCCUACUAUGGAUUCUGCAAUUCUUCGCCUUACUAUAAAACGCCCCCAACUCCUGAAUCGGCAGCUUUGCCAACGCCGCCAGCGUUGUUAUAAAUUGUUAGAAGCAAAUUUCACGGAACUAUGUUCUGCCAUGUAAAUACAAUGUACAGAGACCUACCACAGGAAUCGAAAAGUGGCGGUUCUUGACACUUGAUGAUGCAACUGCGGCAGACGGCAAUUUUCAAUUAAUUCAUUUCAAUAUAUAGAAACAAUUCUAAAUUGAUUUUCUACUGAUCACUGAUCCAUCUAUCGCGAAAGUAUAAAAAUUUCUAUCGCUCUUCCGUUGCCACGUUUUUUGGGAUUCUAUAUAAGCAAAUACCCAGUGUCCCUCUGCGGUAUACGUAUCUUUAUUAAUUCACGGAUAAGGGAUGAACAUUAAUCGUCUAGACGUACUAUGCGUCUGUUAUCCGUCUUUAUACUGAAGUCGAGUAAUCAUUCAAAAAAUAUUGAAGACGCAUUAUGCGUCUCUAGUGUGAAAACGGCCAUUUCACAGUAAUUUUUCACCCAGGGCUUUUUUAACUAUGAUUAUUUUUGGGGGGUCGAAUUCGGGCACGGUCCCAAAAUCGUCUGCGCUCGUGUCAACUUAGCCUUGAUGUCAGGGGCAUAGCGAAAUAUCGUCAUAUGCAAUCCAAGACUCCAAGUUAAAGCUUUCCGUGAUGGAGCUAAAUGGAUCUAGCUUUACCUUUUUCAAUCAAAUAACAUCGACUGAUGAUUAUAGAAUGUUGCAUCAAUAUUACGAAAAUCGUCUCACUUGC